UGGCCAGAGGCUUUCUUGCAGCUCAGGUGUGAUCUCUUCUGGCUCAGGGUUUACAUCCAAGUGGGCUCCUCCAGACCCUUUUCCACCUGCUUGAAGGUGGUAGGGUCUCCUGCCAGCCAUGACCGCUGCACCCAGGGCCAGCCGCCACUUCUGUCCUGCUAUGACAGCUUCGUACCCCAUUUCCGAGUCGACUGGUGCAAUGUGACCCUGGUGGAUAAGUCGGUACCUGCCCUUCCUGGGCUGGUGCCCACCUGGGGGAGUGGCAUUUUGGAGCACGACCCAUACUUCUGCCCUCCGACGGAGGCCCCUGACAGAGACUUCCUCACAGAUGCCCUGGUCACCCUCCUGGUGCCCCUGCUGGUCGCCCUGCUUCUCACCCUGAUUCUGGCUUACAUCAUGUGCUGCCGAAGGGAGGGCGUGCUGAAGAGGAAUCUUGCUACCUCUGACAUCCAGAUGGUUCACCACAGCACCAUUCACGGUAACACGGAGGAAUUACGGCAGAUGGCAGCAAACCGAGCAGUGCCUCGACCUCUCUCCACUUUGCCCAUGUUCAAUGUGCGCACGGGUGAGCGGCUGCCUCCCUGCUCUGACAUUGCCCAGGUACCCCUCAUCCUGGACCAGCACUGAGGGGGAGGACCUCUUGGACCUAGCCAGGGAACAGCCACAUCCCAUCUGAGGAAUCCAGCUGCUGUUGAGAUGAAUCACUUACAGCAGGGGUGGGGG